AUGUCUCGGCAACAAGGCACUCGACCUUCAAAUAAGCGAUCUCAUAGCCAAGCGUUCGGUGGAGAUAUCACGGACAGCUCGUCCUCGAACAGUGAGGUUUCCCAUAAGUCCUCCGUAGCUGCUGUAUUGAAGAAUAAGUCGAUGAAUACUAGUCUAAAGAGGAUUCAAAAGGAGCUAUCCGAAAUAAGUAAUGAUCCUCCCCCAAACUGCUCUGCUUUUCCUCGUGGAGACAAUCUCUAUGAGUGGAUUUCAACCAUCCUCGGCCCCCCUGGUUCUGUCUACGAGGGUGGUAUUUUCUAUCUAGACAUCCAUUUUCCAUUAGAUUACCCAUUUAAACCACCAAAGGUAACCUUCAAAACUCGCAUUUAUCAUUGCAAUAUAAACAGUCAUGGGGUUAUUUGCUUGGACAUUCUGAAGGAUAAUUGGUCACCUGCCCUAACAAUAAGCAAGUUGCUACUCUCUAUCUGUUCUCUUCUCACGGAUUGCAAUCCAGCCGACCCUCUUGUGGGCUCCAUUGCUAGUCAGUAUGUCAACAAUCGCUCGGAACACGACAGAACUGCAAAGCUGUGGACCAAGAAGUAUGCCAAUGCCAUCACUUACAACUACUCUGGUGCCUCUUCUCGUCCGGUCAAUGGGGAUGCCUCAGACACCCUUCAAGACACUGAAGCAGCUCAAAGCAGUCCCGAAGUUGACGAUGAAAAUACUAGUUCCUCUACAUCUCCUUCAGUUGAAUCUUCGAAUGGAAACCAAUGA